CCCGGCUCGAAGCCCGGAGGAGGCAGCACGAAGCUCGGCUCGGCUCAGCUCGGCUCAGCUCGGCUAUUCUUCUUCCCUCUGCACCGCAGCUCAGAUUGGUUCGGGUUUUCGUGAGGCCUGAGUCUGAGACCAUGUCUGCGAAAGAGAAGGGGAUCCUGAGCAAAGACAGCGUCAGUCUGCUGCCCUGCUUCUACUUCGUAGAGUUGCCGAACCUGGUGUCGUCUGUGGUCAGUCUUUACUUCCUGGAGUGGACGGACGUGUUCAAGCCAGUGAAGUCUGGCUUCACCUGCCAUGACCGCAGCCUGAGUCUGCCCUACAUCGACCCCAACCAUGAGGUCAUCCCUCUGCUGAUGCUGCUCAGUCUGGCCUUUGCUGGACCUGCCAUCACGAUCAUGAUUGGUGAAGCCAUCCUGUUCUGCUGUCUGUCUCGGAGUAAGUGUGGAGCAGGAGCAGAGGCCAACAUCAACGCUGCAGGCUGUAACUUUAACUCCUUCAUACGCAGAGCUGUCCGAUUUGUUGGUGUUCAUGCGUUUGGUCUCUGUGCCACGGCGCUCAUCACUGACAUCCUCCAACUGAUGACAGGAAACCCAACACCUUACUUCCUCACUGUGUGCAAACCCAACUACACCACACUGAACGUCACCUGUGAUCAGAAUCCGUACGUCUUGGAGGACAUUUGCUCAGGGGCGGAUCCCGCAGCCAUCAACCAGGGCAGAAAAUCCUUCCCAUCACAGCACGCCACGCUCGCCUCCUUUGCUGCUGUGUAUGUUUCGAUGUACUUUAACAGCACUCUGACAGACUCAUCCAAGCUGCUCAAGCCCCUGCUGGUUUUCUCCUUCAUCAUGUGUGCCAUCAUCUGUGGUCUGACCAGAAUCAUCCAGUACAAGAACCACGCCAUCGACGUCUACCUGGGCUUCCUGCUGGGAGGAGCUAUAGCUCUCUACCUGGGCUUGUAUGCAGUUGGAAACUUCCAACCAAGUGAAGAGUCCACCAACAGCCCCCCUCCAACGCUACAGCGACCACCCUGCUCCCUGCCUCAUAUAAGCCAAGAGGCUGUCCUCCACCACCUGCAAAUGAAAGCCAGCAUGGGUGGGGAGCCUGGAUUACCCACCUCCCACUCUGAGGGUCUCCUUCACCGAAGUCUUCAGCAGCAGAGGCCAGAAGACUGCCUGAACCGUCCCAGUGCUGAUGUCGAAGUGAUCGCCCCCCAUGGCCCUCAAAGCAAAGACGCCAUCAUGACCUUUAGCCACACACUUCCUCGUGUUCACACCCCACAGGCCAUCGCAGCUUACGAGGAAGCGGCCAGGCGUCACGCUGCCACCCUCCACCAUGCCUCUAUGGACUCCAGCCGCUCAAAGCAGCUUCUGUCCCAGUGGAAAAGUAAAAACAACAACCACAAAUGCUCCUUGCAGGUGCCAGACUCCUUCUCCUCUUCUGUGGACUCGUCAUCUGGCCAGUCCUCGCAGCAUCCACUCCACCACGGUAGCAUGGAGCUCCGAUCCAGCUCUGAACCAUCAGCUGUGGGUCUGAAUGGAGGCUUUGAUAGUCACGCAUACAUGUCCAAACUGGCCACAGGUUCCAGUACUACUCUGCCUAGCAACUGUAGUGGCAUCACUGGAGGA